AUGGCUGGAAAAAUUGGUGGGAUGAAGAGGUGGAUUGAUCAAUAUGGUUUGAUUGAUCUGGGGUUUCAUGGAUCUGCUUUCACUUGGACUAAUAAGAGGGUUAAAGAACGACUUGAUACAGGGUUUUGUAAUGAUUUAUGGAAACUUGCCUUCCCUGAAGCUUUUAUUCAACAUUUACCACGUAUGAAGUCUGAUCAUUGCCCUCUUUUUCUACAGUCUAAUUCUUCUGUCAUUACCACUGGUGCGAAUAGGCCGUUUCGUUUCCAGGUGAUGUGGAUGGGACACAUUAGUUAUAAUCAGUUUGUUCAUGAUCAGUGGAAAAGCUAUAAUGGUACCCUGCAAGAUAAAGUUGUUCAACUUGCCUGUGAUCUCAACAAGUGGAACUCCACUGUGUUUGGUAAUCUUUUUAAGAAGAAAAGAACACUGUUGGCUCGUAUUGCUGGGAUUUAG